UCUGUACCAUUAUAGGCACAUAUCUUUCUCUCAAGUUCUACAUAUUUUUCGCCUUCUUGAGGCGCACGCACCUCUCCACUCUCGGCCAGCUACCAAUACCAUAGUCUUAAAAACCAAAAACCAAACCCAAAAAACACACCCACAAAAUCAAAACAAAAACAAAAGCAAAAAACAAAGAGGGAGACUUUUUCAUUUUUAACUGUCGAUGGCAAGGGAUAGCUGCUUAGCCCGUGUCGGCGCCGGCGUUGCUGUCGGUGGCGCUGUUGGUGGCGCCGUCGGUGCUGUGUAUGGCACAUAUGAGGCUAUUAGGUUUAAGGUACCAGGACUUAUGAAGAUCAGGUAUAUUGGUCAAACCACACUAGGCAGCGCGGCUAUUUUUGGUCUUUUCUUGGGUGCUGGAAGCCUGAUACACUGCGGGAAGUCUUAUUAAGCACUUUUUUUUGGGAAAUUAAUUUUGCCUGUCUAUUAAGUUCUGCUUUGAACUUUGAUGCCACAUGCUUUCGACAGUGUGCAAAGAGUGCAUAGUCAUUUGGUUACUUGUUUCAAAGGCAAAACUUUCUUGUGCUGUUGUUUUCAUGGGUCGUAGGAACAUCUUCAUGGCAAUUAGCCUUAGCAUUAUCGUUAAAUUUUCUUUGUAAUUUAUCUCUCACACAGUUGUUGCACACUAUGGUAUGAUCAGGAGUCUUUUUUUUAA